AUGGAAGAGUGGAGGGACUACAUAAAAGCCACCCUGAAGGAGACAUUUGUGGAGGACGUAGCAAUUGUGGACCUUUACGACAACAAAGCUGUGUGGGCAUCCAAGCCUGGGGGUGUCCUGGCAGCCAUCUGCCCAUCAGAAGUGGAGGCUCUUGUGGGCAUAAACAGAGGAAGCCUACUGCUGGAGGGGAUCACCGUUGGAGGCCGGAAGGUUGCAGUGAUACGAGACCACAUGACAGGCCCAGAGACAGAUAUCCCAUUUGUCGAUCUUAGGACCAAAGGCAGCAAGAGUUCAGCUGUCACGGCUGCCAUGACGACCAAGGCUCUGGUGUUUGUGAUGGGAAAACGAGGAGUGUAUGGAGGGAUAGUCAACAAGAAGGUGUGUGAUAUGGCCAAGGAUCUCCGCAAGAGGGGGCUUUGA